CUCAAAUAGACAAAUGCUCAAUGAUCCGUUUUAUUCCUAGUCCAUAAGCAUGGUGGAUGGAGGCAUGCAGAAACAUUUAGUAAUUAAAAUGUUAAAAUUUUGAAACCGUUGGUUUGAUCUAUUUGUUUGUGGAGAAGAAAAUCAAGAAAUAGUGAAAUAUACAGAGGGGCCUGUAUUUGACCGAAGGCAACCGCAAUGCAGUAGUGGCUGCAGCGGUUUCAGUCAGUUUGUGAGUCAGCACCACCUCUCUCUCAGCCCUCUGCUGCCUCUGCUUCUGCCGCUGUUACUUAAUUGAAUUCUUUUUCUAAAUUUCUCUUUUCUAACGCUCAAAUUCCAAUAACCCCCGAAAAAUUAAAACAGAGUUAGGGUUUGGGUUUGGCACCAAUUAAUACUUACAACAGCCCUCCUACUACUUGUUGCGAUGUGAUGCGAGGGGCACUCACUCACUCACUGAGAAGAACGAAGUUAGGGUUUUUGAUGUUGUUGUGGGAAUUCCAAGUUUUAAUGUCCUAUGAAUGGAGAUUUCCUCUGUCACUGUAUUGUCGGAGCCAUUCCUCAUCGCCGUUACUGUAACCGCUCUCUGCUUCUUCCUCGCCAUCUUCUCACUCCUCAGAUCAUCCUCUCUCUCUUCUCCCCUCUCCAAAUUCGCACCUUUUCAUUCCAAGAACCACCGCGAUUCUGGCUGCUCCUGCAACGGUACCGUUUCGCCCUCCGAUUCCGCCCCCUACUUGAACGGCGGCGCCGCCCAAAUGCUCGACCCCACUCCUCCCGUCCCAGCUCCCGUUGCCCCGGCGGUGCUGGCGGAGCGGCGCACAGGGUCGUCGUCGAUGAUGGAGGAAUUGGUUCCGGAGAUUACGACUCAUGCCCUCAGUUAUUUGGAUUAUCCAAGCUUGUGUCGUCUUUCUAUGACCAAUUCUUUGAUGCGAAAGGCUGCCAACGAUGACAAUGCCUGGAAGGCCCUCUAUCACAAGGACUUCACAUUGGAACAAGAUACUAUUACACCAAGUAAUGGGUGGAAGGCAUACUAUGCUGCAACAAGAGCAAUUGUGAAUAUUAAUACAGAAUUCUUCAACAUUGUAAGAGAUAAGUCUCUUCAAUCAAUGAGUCGUUUUUGGCUAAACGCAGAUUACGUGAAGUGCAUUCAUGCCUCAGGAGAACUCUUUUCAGGGUAUAACGCGGUAAUGCAGAGUUGGCAAAUUAUGUUCAACUGGGAGCAAGGAUUAAACUUUCAGGUUCGGGAUGUACGUGCUCGGGUCUUGACGGACAUGGCUUGGGUCACCAUGAAAACAUAUGUUGACAUGGAUACCGGACCAUUUAAUGUUACCAAUGUCUUUGAGUCCCACAAUGGACGGUGGUAUAUGGUUCAUCAUCACAGUUCUGUGAUGAACGGUGAGGUGGAGCAACAUAUUGUGCAUGGAUAAAUAUAGUGAUACAUUGUUAUGUCUGAUACUGGUUACCAAAGGCGAUUUUAUUUGGAGAAGCAAGUUACUUAAAUUUUAGUGAUUUCUCUGGAAAAUCUUUUUUUUUUUUUCUAUUAAUUUUUCAUUGAGUUCCAUUUUCAUACUGUAUAUAAGACAAGAAGUUGCAAUGGCGCCAGAAAGUUUAUAAGUACAGUGGUAAGUGGUGGGUUAAAGUAAAAACAAAAGAAGAGUUGGAACUUGGAAGGCAUUGCCUGUCAAUGUCAUUGAGGAGUUAUCUGGCACCACAACUUUAGGUUAAGGCAAGACGUGUGAAAAUUGAAAACCAAGGUUGUGCUGUGCAGUGUAGUCACGAGAGCAAAUGCACAAAGCAUUCUCCAUUUUUGUUGUUCAUACUACUAGAGGCGUGCAUCUUUUUUUUUCCUUGUUUUUGCUGAAAAUUCAACAAUCAAUCCUAUGCUAACCAUGCUUUGAAUGUAAA